AUGAAUAUCAUAAGUUGGAACUGUCGAGGGCUUGGGAACCUUCGAACAGUUCACGACCUUUGCCGGAUGGUGAAGGAAAAGCGCCCAAGUAUGGUUUUCCUUAUGGAAACCAAACUACGGAAAGUCAAAAUGGAGGUGAUCAGAUAUAAAUUAGGAUUUUCUAAUUUAUUUGUGGUGGACUGUGUCGGAAAAAGUGGGGGAUUGGCCCUUUUAUGGGGAGAUGACGUUGUUGUGGACAUACAAAAUUAUAGUCAAAGGCAUAUUAAUGGUAUUAUUCAAUCUCCGAAUUCAAACGUUCAAUGGAAAUUGACGGGGUUUUACGGACACCCGGAAGUUACCAAACGUCAUGAGGCAUGGGAACUCUUAAAAGUAUUGAGUCGGCUUCCUCCUACACCAUGGAUUUGCAUAGGUGACUUCAAUGAGGUUAUUUCCAAUGCAGAGAAGUGGGGUGGAAGUAGUCGUUCAUCGAACCACAUGAGGCUUUUUCAAGUGGCAUUGGAAGAUUGUGAACUCUCAGAUUUGGGCUUCCGCGGUCCCAAAUAUACGUGGAGUAAUUGUAGAGAUGGGUCUGAAUUUAUUAAAGAGCGUCUUGAUAGAGGAGUGGCUAAUGUGGCAUGGAGAGAGUUGUUCCCUGAUGUGGAGGUAAGGGUGGAGGUGUCAACAAAUUCGGAUCAUGCAGUGUUAAUUCUUUCCCUAAUACGGCAGCAGCGUGGGAAUUAUAAAUAUCGCCGAUUCAGAUAUGAAGCAUCGUGGGCCCUUGACAGGAGGUAUAAAACGAAAAUCAACCAGGUCUGGUCGGCUUCUACGUCAUUAGGGUGUAGUUGGGAUGCCAUUAAUCUUAAACUAUCAAGAUGCAAAAAAGAAUCUUUACAAUGGCAGCAGGAGAUUCGGGGUUCUACACAAGACACUAUAGGCCACUUACGGGACAAACUGAAUUUACUGCAAGGAAGGGAAGAUGAGGUGGCAGUGAAUGACAUUAAAUUGGUUAAGCAGAAUUUACAACUUUUGCUUGACCAAGAAGACUUAAAGUGGAAGCAGCGAGCGAAGGCCGAAUGGUUGAAAAAUGGAGAUAGGAAUACUAAAUACUACCAUGCUUGUGCUAAUUAUCGGAGGAACUUAAAUCAAAUUUCUACGAUUAAAGAUGAGCAGGGAGUAUUAUGGAAUUCUUUUGAUGAUGUGGGGAGGGCUUUUGUGAAUUAUUUUUUAGAUUUAUUCACUGCUAGUCCUGUAGGGAACAUGGAACCAUGCUUAGCGCACCUUGAGGAAAGGGUGUCAAGUCAUAUGAAUGAUGAGUUGCUGCAACCUUUUACCAGGGAAGAAGUGGGCUAUGCUCUUCACCAAAUGGCACCACUUAAAGCACCGGGCCCGGAUGGUUUUCCGGCUGGUUUUUUCCAACACCAUUGGGAAACUAUGGGUAAUGAGUGGUGA